CACUUUCGACGCUGUUUCUCGCGUCGCGCGAGUAGCGUCGCUUGGCGUCACUAGACGUCGAUCCUCGUGCCUCAUUUCUAUCCCGAAAUGCAACUGACCUUUAGUAGGUUAGAAUAAAGUAUGCUCAGGUUUUCGUGUUGAAACAUCUAGUCACAGCGUGAUGGAGAAGGAAAAGACCUCGCAUCAGAUCAUUGCCAUCGUAGUGUCUUGCUUGUCAGCCUUCACCACAGGCAUAAUGUUCAGCUGGACGUCACCAUUCUUGGUAAAAAUCACCAAAGACAAACUGAAUUACAACAUAACCGAAGAUCAAGCAUCCUAUUUCGCUGUCAUACCACCCGCAUCAAUGGUGGUAGCAGCGAUAUUUUGUACGAGGCUCUCCGACAUCAUUGGGAGGAAGUAUACCAUAAUGCUGACUGCUCUACCGUACACAACGUUUUGGAUACUGACUGCCUUCUUCACCAAUAUCUACGUACUUUAUGCUGCUAGAAUGAUAGCUGGGUUCGGGGAUGCUAUUGUGUUUACCUCUGUGCCAAUGUACAUAGGUGAAAUAUCUACACCAAUAGUUCGAGGCACAUGGGGCAAUCUAGUCGCCUUAGGAAUAUUUCUCGGCCAAUUUGUGAUCCACAUCGUAGGAGCAUAUUUCACAGUGGUCCAGACUGCCUACAUUUUCUUACCCCUAGGACCAAUUUUCCUCAUAUUAAUGCUAUUUGUGCCAGAAUCACCAUACUACUUCAUCAUAAAGCACAGAUAUGAUGACGCUACGAAGUCCUUAAGUAUUUUAAAAGGCAAAGAAAAUGUUGAUGAAGACAUAGAUCACAUCAAACAAGCCAUUGAGAGACAAAUGUUACACGCCGCUACAUGGAAAGAGCUCUUCUUUGUUAAGAUGAACAGGAACGCUUUGCUAGCAGGAAUUUUUUUAAGAGUAUCACAACAACUUGGCGGGGUAGCAACUUUCAAUAUUUACACACAGUUGAUUUUUGAAAAAGCUGGAACCAGCUUGCUACCAGAAGACUGCUCCAUCAUCUACACAGGAAUCUGCUUCAUAUUUAUGGCCAUUGGGAGCUUCGUAGGGGAUAGAUUUGGCAGGAAGAAGGCUUAUAUCACAUCAUGCUUCACUUGUGGAAUUGUUCUACUGUCAGAAGCAUCUUACUUCUAUUUGGACCAAAACAUUCCAAACGCGGAUGUUCGUAGGUUUAAUUGGUUCCCACUAGCAGCAAUGGUCGCAUAUGUUAUUUGCUCAGCGUUUGGUUUGGGUACCAUACCGACAUUAAUGUUAGGGGAACUAUUUUCAGCUAGUAUCAAGACUAAAGGACUUACGAUAUUGACGUUUGUGUUUGGUAUAAUGCUUUUCGUAUCAAAUAACUUGUUUUACUUGUUAAAGCAGUAUGUGGGUAUGUAUGGUCCAUUUUUAUGUUUUGGACUUUGUUGUUUGGUGAGUUCUGUGAUGUCGUUUUUCGUUGUACCAGAGACUAGUGGGAAGAGUUUAGAGCAGAUACAAAAUUCCAUGGAAAUAGAGCAGGAAGGGCAAAAAGUUUGACAGGUGCGUUAGACCAUUAGAAAGCGUUCUCACCGAAGCAAUAACCAAAACCGCAACACUACUCGGCACAUGUAUUCAAAUACAAGCGUUUUCAAAAAAGCGACGGCAACCUGUCUGGUUGCUCAAUGGUUGAUCAUAGUGUCGUUGUUAGUCGGCUUGAAGUUGCCCACCGGUUGAUGAAAUGUGUCAUCUAUGAGUAUGGUCGUCAUUCUCACACUUCAGCUAACAUUCCGAUAGUGUCCUCAAAAGCACUAAUAACCCGAUAAGAGAAACUGAAACAAAAAGCACGAAAUAGCUGCCCAUGAUGGGCUGUCUGUUGUCGGAUGAACGAAAGCAGUAUGUUUCAGUUGUUCAAUGGUGAGUAGAUCAGAUCUACUAUACUGCCAGAAUCGUUACCUUUCAGCGGUCACAGUGGUAACACGGUUAUCACACGUGAACUGAGAUCUUUGCAGUUCCAACCGAUAGUUGCUAUUGCUGCUCCAUCUCAUAUUUUUGUUCUAUGAACUGAUUCAUUUGAAGCAGCAGCCUCAACAACCUUCAAGAGCAGCUAUAGUUGAUACAAGAAAUGUGACAAUCAAGAUAAUACUGUACAAGUUUUCAUCAGACUCAAGAAAUAUGAUUACGUUCAAGAUGAUACUUUCAGUAAAUCGUUCAUUGCACAUUAUAUUUGUUAUGCAUAAUGAGUUUUUGAUAAAUAAAAAAAAUAUCAUUACCGAGAUAUUUGGGAAAACUAAAAUUUGUGCUAAUCAUUUUUAUUUUUUUCUGACGUUAUUUUAAGAAAUAUCAAAAAACUAAUGAAACUUUCCAUUUUCACUUCAUAGGCACAUGAUGAUGUUUUCAAAUUUUGUGCCCGGCGUUUCGUUUUUGAGAAACCAUCAACAACUUUAUUUUUUUAUAUAAAAAGUGCACCCUAUAUCUAAUAGCAUUUUUUAUACGAACUCAAUGAUGUGUUUUAUGUUACAUUUAUUGUCUUGAUUUUAAAGGAAAAUGCGCCUUUUCUGAUUUUUUUUUUAUUUUUUAAGUAACGUAAAUACCUGUCACCGAGUAUUGUUAUUAUUGUGUGUUGUUAAUAUUGCUUUAUUAUCGUUAAAGAUGCCAGGCCGUCAUUUAAGCAAGGAGGAAAUGUCCGACCCCAAUAGCAUUAAAUAUUUAUUAAAUAUUUAAAAAAAAUGUUUGUUAAAUAUUUGUAGCAACAGAUUUUUUAAUAUUUAAUAAAUAUAUAUCUUAUAUAUUUAUAAUAUAUUAAUUAUAGUUAUUUGUAGUAUAUUUAAUUCAUAUAUUUUUGCGAUAUUUUUUCCAAAUAACCAGAAAAUAUGAGGAAAGAUUUUUAAAUAUCAAUUUGAUAUUUGGAUGAAAUAUCUUAUAUUUUUCGUCA